UGCUCCGACUGGCGCUAAAAGUUUUGAGCUCAAAAGUCCGAAGCCACCGUCCUGGACGCAGGUGUCUCCUGGGCCCCCAGGGUCACCUGGCUUCCGGCCUCGGAGGGUGCUUCCCAGGACGGUGAUACGCUCCCCUGAAGUUCAGACACACACGGGGAGAAGGCCAUGUGAUGGAUGAAGACGGAGAUGGGAGGGAUACAUCUACAAGUCCAGGAACACCAAGGAUUGUCGGAGACCACCAGCAAUUAGAAGAGAGCCACGCUGCCUUCCAGGGAGCUGCCAUGGAUGUGCCACCGUCAGAAGGCCUCCCUCUGAGUCAGGAGACAUUUUCAGAAUUGUGGAGUUUACUUCAUGGCAGUGAUAAUCUGAAUCCUGAAGACUCCCAGGCAGUGGAUGAACUGGGCUGGAUGCCCCAAGACCUCGUAGAUUGUCUGGACAACAGUCCAAAUGAAGCCUCCAGUGUGCCAGCAACUCCUGCACCAGCAGCUGCUAUCCCAGCACCAGCCCCCUCCUGGACCCUGUCAUCCUCUGUCCCUUCCCAGAAGACCUAUCCCGGUAGCUAUGGUUUCCAUUUAGGAUUCCUGAAUUCCGGGACAGCCAAGUCUGUAACCUGCACGUACUCCUAUACCCUCAACAAGCUGUUUUGCCAGAUGGGAAAGACCUGCCCCGUGCAGCUGUGGGUCACCUCCCCACCCCCGCUCAAUUCCCGGGUCCGGGCCAUGGCCAUCUAUAAGAAGUCGGAGCACAUGACGGAGGUCGUGCGGCGCUGCCCCCACCAUGAGCGCUGCACGGACUAUAGUGACGGUCUGGCUCCUCCUCAGCACCUUAUCCGGGUGGAAGGGAAUUCGCGUGCCGAGUAUCUGGAUGACAAAAACACUCUUCGACAUAGUGUGGUGGUGCCCUACGAGCCGCCUGAGGUGGGCUCUGAAUAUACCACCAUUCACUACAACUUCAUGUGUAACAGCUCCUGCAUGGGGGGCAUGAACCGGCGGCCCAUCCUCACCAUCAUCACACUGGAAGAUUCCAAUGGUAAUCUGCUGGGACGAGACAGCUUUGAGGUGCGUAUUUGUGCCUGUCCUGGGAGAGACCGACGCACAGAGGAAGAAAAUUUCCGCAAGAAGGGGGAGUCUUGUCUCGAACAGCCCCCUGGGAGUCCCAAGCAGCCCUCUGGGAGCACUAAGCGAGCACUGCCCACCGACACUGACUCCUCUCCCCCGCCAAAGAUGCCAGUGGAUGGAGAAUAUUUCACCCUUCAGAUCCGUGGGCGUGCACGCUUCGAGAUGUUCCGAGAACUGAAUGAAGCCUUAGAGCUAAAGGACGCCCAGGCUGGAAAGGACCCGGGUGGAAGCAAGACUCACUCCAGCCACCUGAAAUCUAAAAAGGGGCAGUCUACCUCCCGCCAUAAAAAGAGACUCAUGUUCAAGAGAGAGGGGCCUGACUCAGACUGACAUCCCCUGCUUCCUGUCCCCUGUGGACACCCCCACCCUUGUCCCCUUUCCUGGCAUAUUUUUGGGGUUGGGAGCUUAAACCUUGCUUGGUAUAGAUGUGCCCCAGAAACACCCCAGAAUUCCAUUUGCCUGGCUGAGGCCUCUACUAAAGAAGCUGGCCUGCACUGGUGUGUUUGGAGGGAAGGUGGAGGGAGCUAAGAUAUUUCAGCUUAACUUUUAAGGUCUUUACUAUGGAAGGCCAUUUGGGGGAGGGAGGAAGAUGUUCCUGCAUGCAAGCAUUAAGUUUUAAAUCAGCCAUCAACACUGGGUUGUAAACUAGCCAGGGAAGUUAUCUCAAGUUUAAUUUCUCUAACUUCAUUGUCCUCAUUGAUAAAUCAUACCUGCCUUACGGGGCUUACUGUGAGGGUUAAUGAAAUGACGGAUGUUUGGGACUAGGCUCCCUCAGGGGUGCUGGUUCCUGCCCCUGUAUGACUGGGCAGCUAGUUAAGAGAAGGGAACUUCUAAAUCCUUCUCUACUGGCCUGGCCAAAUCCCAUCUGAAGUCAGGGAACCUCACCACCUAAAAGGAGAUCUCGCCUCAUCCACAGCCUGGAGGGUCCCAUCUCCAGUGUAGUAUCUGUAUCUUCCAAGAUCUGUUUUACUUCCCCCAAAUGCUCAGGAUCAAUUUUCUCUAGGGUCUGAAAGGCACAUCUGUAUUCCUCACCCGCACCCCUUUCCCUCUUCCCCUUUUGUAUCACUUUUUUUUUUUUUUAUAUUGGUUUCUUAUUUUACAAUAAAACUUUGCUGAUA